AUAAGACGUUGCCGGCGAAAUUCUCUUGGAGGUUGGCACGCUUUGAAGUUAGAACAUGCUGCGAGGUUCCAAUUUAACCGUUGGGGUUCUACUUCUACAUCAACGUCUACAGCUUAGCUAUGUUAAGCCUAGGCGGUUGGCAAUGCCGGCCGAAUAUUUUCAGGGCUGUAAGGCGUUUGCACAACAUCCUGGGAAUAGAGACGAGCUGCGACGACACGGGUGUUGCAGUUCUGGACACCCAGGGACGGUUGCUGGGUGAAAGCCUGUUCUCUCAGCAAGAAAUUCACACUGAGUUUGGAGGUAUCAUGCCCCCUGUUGCUCGUGAUUUACACAAGAAGAACAUAGAUUCUGCUGUUUCCAAAGCCUUAACCAUCGCCAAUUUAGAAAUGAGCCAAGUGGACGCUAUUGCAGUCACCGUAAAGCCUGGCUUGUCACUUUCCCUUCUAGUUGGGCUUGAAUGUGCUAAAAAGCUCUCUUCAACAUACAAAAAGCCUCUUAUUCCAAUCCACCAUAUGGAAGCACAUGCUCUUACAAUUCGUAUGGUUGAAAAGGUUGAUUUUCCAUUUUUGGUUGUCUUGAUAUCAGGAGGGCAUAGUUUAAUAGCAGUAGCUCAAGACAUUGAAAAAUUCCUUUUACUGGGAAAAUCUUAUGAUGAUGCGCCGGGUGAAGCCUUGGAUAAGAUAGCUCGAAGACUGAAGUUGUUCAAUUUGAACAAAUAUCAAGGAUUGAGCGGCGGCCGAGCUGUAGAAUUAGCGGCGUUAAAUGGUAACAUGCUCGCUUUCCCAAUAAGUGAACCGCUUCUACAUAGAAAGAAUUGUAACUUCAGCUUUGCUGGCAUCAAGAACUCAGUGCGCAGUUAUAUCAUCGAAGAAGAAAACAAACACGACAUUAAAGGGGAUGAAAUUUUGCCAAAUGUCGAGGAUAUAUGCGCAAGUGUCCAGUUCGCAGUCACAAAACACAUCUUAAGGAGGGUUCACAGGUCCAUAGUGUUCUGUAAAGAACAGAAACUUAUUAACUCCGAGAACAAAGUUGUAGUUUCCGGAGGGGUCGCAUGCAAUUCAUUCAUAGGAAAGGCCAUUAGGUUCAUAUCAGAGAAAAAUAAUCUCAGUUGCUGUAUUCCACCACCCAAGCUUUGCUCAGACAAUGGCGUUAUGAUUGCUUGGAACGGUGUCGAAAGGUGGAAGGCACAGAAGGGCAUAAUCAACUAUACCGAUCUAGACAAAGUUGAUAUUCAAGCAAAAUGUUCUCUGGGUGUUGACGUUACCGAGGAAGUAGAAAAAACACACCUCAAUUUUACUUGGGUAAAGUUCAAAGAUUUGGUCGAACAUAUGAAAGUGUGAAUAAUUUUAGUGGCUUCAUUUCUGUUAAUUUUAGUGUUGUACAAUUUUUUUUCUUGUGUAAAUAAACUUCUUUUGUUUUAAAUUA